GUACUGUAAAAACUAAUAUAAUAAAUAUAAUUGGUUUCGAAAACCAACUCCAAAUAAUUCAUAAGCAACUUCAUCUAACUUACGCACAUUGUUCUUUCUUUGCUGGUUGCCUGGCAGCAGAACAACACACCACACACACCCCUCCCCGCCUAGGAAGCACGCGCUGGGCAACCGUUUUAUCGAUACGAUUUCGUUAUUUUGGAGAGCGCUGCGGACAGUUGCAGUGGACAGCGGAACAGAACUGGCCCAGUCGACGUAGACGUCUCAGGUGAACAAGCAGAAGCAGAACAAGCAGCAAAAUGCCUCCAAAGGGGAAAAAGGGCAAGAAGGGCAAGAAGAUGCCGGUGCUCAUCGAUGGCGUGGACACCUCGGCGAUGACGCGCGACCAGCUGGAGGCGUUUGCGCUGCGCCUCAAGGCCGAGAUGGAUCGCGAGCGGGAGGAGCGAAACUACUUCCAGCUGGAGAGGGACAAGAUUCGCACCUUCUGGGAGAUCACACGACAGCAGCUGGAUGAGACCCGCUAUGAGCUGCAGCAGAAGGACAAGGAGAUUGAGGCGACGCAGGAUCUGGCGGACAUCGACACCAAGCAUGUGAUGCAGCAGAUGAAGCAUCUGCAGUUCGAGAACCACAACAAGCUGGGCGAGGUGCGGGCGGAGGCGAUGACCCAGCUGAAGCUGGCCCAGGAGCACCAUGUCCUGCAGGAGACCGAGCUGCAGAAGGAUAAGCGCCAGCUGCGUCGCAUCCUGCGCGAGCGCAUGGAGGUUGGCGAGAUGCAGCUGCGCCAGAUGGAGUCCCACUUCAACGAGAAGCUGCUGGACCAGCGGCUAACCUUCGAGCGGGAGCGCAAGGACAACGAGAUGCUGCACGAGGAGAAGAUGAUGGAGCAGAAGUCGAAGCUGGAUCUGUUCUACGGCACCCAGAUGUUCGAAGUGGAGGAGCGCAAGAACCAGCAGAUCAAGGACCUGCAGGACCACCACGACGGUGCCUUCAACGACAUGAAGAACUACUACAACGACAUCACCCUCAACAAUCUGGCCCUCAUCGGCAGCAUGAAGGAGCAGCUGGAGCAGCUGCGCAAGCAGACCGAGCGCAGCGAUCGCAUCGCCGCGGACACGGCCCUGGAGAACAAGCGCCUCCGAGAGCCCCUCGAGCAGGCCAACAUCCAGCUGAACGAGUACCGCCGCAAGCUGGAGUUCUACGAUCGGGACAAGCAGCAGCUGAGCCGCCUCAAGAGCCGCAACACCAAGCUGGAGAAGAAGGUGAAGGGCCUGACCUGGGAGGCGGAGACCCUGAUACUGCGCAACGAUUCGCUCGUGGCCGAGCGGGAGGGACUCAAGGAGCGCUUCAACGACGUCAUUGUGGAGCUACAGCAGAAGACGGGCCUGAAGAAUGUGCUGCUGGAGCGCAAGAUUGCGGCCCUGAUGCGCGAGGACGAGAAGCGCAGCAUUGUGCUGCACGAGACCAUAGCCACCUGUGCGCCCAAUUUCGCCGAAAAACUGACCAGCCUGGACGAGCGGGUGGGCAACAUUGUCGACGAGAAGAACAAGAUCAUUAUCGAUCUGCGCUACGAGGUGGCCAAGGCCCGCAAGGCCCAUGACGAUCUCCUGGAGACGUACGAGUGCAAGCUCAAGCAGUUCGGUGUGCCAUCCGACAAUCUCGGCUUCACACCCCUCCGGGAUCGUGACGAGAAACAGCUCUACAUAUGCGGUCCGGCGGGCAUCGUUACGGAGAACAAAUAGAAGGAUAAGAAGAGCCAGAAACAGACGCAGAAGCAGAUGUCGAAAUUAAAUUGCCAGUUUGAUUCAUUCAGAAUUCAGAAUUUAUUCAACUUUAGCCUAGAUUAGUGUAUAAGAAGUAUGUAUAUGUAUAUGCUUAUAAAAAACGUUCUGGAAUAG